CGAAGACAUGAUGCGAAUGGCUUCCAACAUCCUCUUGAGUCGAUCGCCCAAAAUGGUAGCAGGCAUAGUAACUUUAAAUAUGGCGUAUUGAAUUCAAAUUUCGUCGGCGAAUCUGAAACUAGCAUUGACUUAAAUAACAGCUAUCUAGUCCAAGAAAAUGGCGGUAUUUCCGACUUAGCAAACGGUAUUAAUUCGCAGACGAAAAACUCUGAUGCAGCCGGAAACGGAAAAAGUGUCGAAAAAACUGAAAACGGCAUUGAGGACGAAACUGACUUCAGAAGCCUGGUACCAUUCUGUAUUCUGUACGGAAUUGGUUCCCUGGUUUCACAGAGCUUAACCGUGUAUUUGUCGUCGCAGAUAACUGUUCUGGAGAAAGCAUUUGGCCUCAGUAGUUUCGAGAGCGGCAUCUUGCUCAGUGCGAAUGACGUUGGAUUUGUAAUCACUGUGCUUUUGGCUAGCCACUUCUUGAAGAACUACCAUAUCCCCAGAAUCCUCUCUGUUUGCAUUUUGAUGUUCGGCAUAUCCGGAUUGCUAACCAGUCUGCCAAACUUCCUCACGUCCAAUGGCAACGUAGCAACGCCUAGAAACGGCAGCGUCGCGCAGGCGCAAAAUCGCCUAUGCCUGUUGGAGAGGCAUGACAACACGACAUUUACAGAAAAAUGUGCGCUGGAAUCGGCCAGUGAGAUGUCACGUGAUCGAGACAGCCAAUGGGUGGUGAUCUUCAUCUCGUGCAUGAUGCUUAUACAGGGUGUUGCCAAGGCUCCGCGCUCCGCGUUAAGCAGUCUCUACAUUGACAACAAUUCACCCAAGAUAAAAACGGGGUUCUACAUCGGAAUCCUUAUGUCCUUCUCCAUAUUCGGACCGGUCAUUGCUGUCGUGCUUGGCGGGGUAUUCAACAAAAUGCCAGUGGACUUAAAAGAAACUUCAAUGAGCCCCUCAGACCCACGGUGGAUCGGCGCCUGGUGGCUAGGCUUCAUCUUGUUCGGGGCAUUAUCAUGCCUUAUCUCCAUUCCAAUAUUCUUCUUCCCGGCUUCACUGCGCAAAAACGGGAACCAGGCGUCGAACGUUUACGCCAAUAGCGAAAUACUAGAACAGAAGACAUUGGUGCAACCAAUUAAAGACUUACCGCGCUCGCUGGGGCGCGUUCUCAAGCGUCCAGUGUACACAUGUACGAUGAUCAGCGUGCUCUUCUAUCUGUUCGGCAUUAUGGCAAUGGGUUCGUUCGGACCGAAGUACAUAGAGAACCAGUUCCAUGUCCCCACGUGGAAAGCGAACUGGGUGAUGGGUAUAGAGAAGCUAGCUCCGACGGUCAUCGGCACUUUUGUCGGUGGUGUCAUUACCCGGCGUCUGCGUCUCGGACUUACAGGAAGUGUCAAAAUGGUGUUCAUCAUCCGAAUCGUUGUCUUUGCGCUAUCGUGUUUAAACUUCAUGUUUGGCUGCCCGAAUCCUAACGUCAUCAUAGGCAUGCCAACGGAAGUGUCGUCGAUUGCGAAUACAUUCCAUAGCGGUACUAACAUAUCCCUGAUAGCGAGUACUACGUGCGCAUGUAGUGACGUCACUUAUCUUCCGGUGUGCGCAGACGACCAAACUUGGUUCUCGCCGUGCCACGCUGGAUGUCAGACGGAAAAACAGAGGAUGUACUACAACUGCACGGCCACCCUGGGAGGCACAGCCAGCCCGGGUAUGUGUACCAAGGGUUGCGAUAUGCUGAUCCCCUUCGUGGCAGUCAACGCCCUAGCUUCCUUCAUUGGAACUCUAGGGCUUUCCCCUAACUACAUCGUGCUACUAAGGUCAGUUGGCGUCAAUGACAGGUCAAUGGGGGUUGCACUGAUGUCUUUCCUGAUGGCGCUAUUGGUGUUUAUGCCUGCGCCAAUCGUGUUCGGGAAAGUAUUCGAUGCUUUUUGCUUGGUUUGGAAAAAUAAGUGCUCAGGUCGUGGAUCCUGCUUAUUAUAUGACGUCAUAGAUCUCAGAUUCCAUUUAGUUGGCAUAAACGUCGCUUUAGCGUUCAUAAGCGUUGUGCUUGUCGGCAUCUCCGUUCUCUUUGCGCUCCGGUUGAAGGACCCCGACGCCGACGACGUCGGUGACAAGAAGUUGUCGAUGAAGCCGCCGAUACCUCAGCCGCGAACGUCAUUGACGUCACAGAAAGGGGACGGCGACGGAAACGUUGAUCGAAGCGACAAACGUUGAAUGGCUUUGGAGAAUGCGUCAUUGUUUUGGUGUUUAAGCAUGACAAACGUGAUUUGUAUGAAUACAUAUUCUGCUGUUGUGAAUAUAACCAUCAUGAAUGAUUGUUAUGUGUGUUCCUUUAAAAAAUAAAGUGAAUAGUAAAUACA